AUGCCUCCGCGCCGUAACGUAGAUGACGCUGGUUCAGACGACUUCAUCAGCGAUGAGGAUGACUUUCAUGACGAUUCGGGGCGCAAAAAGGUUGGCAAGGGUGCCGGGAAAACAAGUGGCAAGAAACGCGACAAAGGGAAAGGAAAGGCAACCGAAUCAUAUGCUUGGGAAGCAACGUAUACACGCUCAUGGGAUACAGUCCGGGAAGACGAGUCAGGUAGCUUACAGGGCGCUGUAAAUGAGUUGCUUGCUCGAGGACGUCGGCGUCGACUUCUCUUUCCUUCGACUGCAAUCCGUCGCACUAUAAUCCGACACUUAAUCCUCGUUAUUGACCUUUCCGCUUCGAUGCUAGACCGCGACAUGCGUCCGACGCGUUUCGACCUCGCACUUUCCACGGCACGAGCGUUCAUUGUCGAAUGGUUUGAUCAGAAUCCACUUGGCCAGAUUGGUGUCAUCGGCAUGCGCUCUGGCAUUGCAGAACGCAUUGGCGAAAUGUCUAGUAAUCCGCAUGAUGUACUCAAGUCAAUCCAAGACCGGCACAGGCUCGAGCCCGCUGGAGAGCCAAGUCUACAAAACGCCGUUGAAAUGGCACGCAGCACAAUGAGUCAUCUACCAACGCAUUCGUCUCGGGAGAUCGUGAUUCUCUUCGGGUCAUUAACCACUGUUGAUCCGGGGAAUAUUCACGAGACGCUUGAUGCAUGCAUUCGCGACCGAAUUCGAAUAAACCUGGUCGCGCUCGCGGCUGAGAUGAAAAUAUGUCGUGAUAUGUGUGGAAAGACUGGUGGUCAGUUCGGAGUCUCGCUGAACGAAGGCCAUUUCCGGGACCUCCUGUUCGAGCUCAUCCCUCCACCUGCACAACGCGCACUAUCUCGCGCGGCUGGCGCAGGAGCCAGUGCUAGUGCAGGUUCAGGAGGAAACCCAGCAGCUGACUUAAUGAUGAUGGGUUUCCCAACUCGCCUACCAGAGGCAUCACCUCCUGCUCUCUGCGUGUGCCACUCAGAGCUCAAAAGCGCCGGUUUCGUGUGCCCUCGUUGCGCGGCGAAGGUGUGCGACGUUCCAACAGACUGCGACGUCUGCGGCCUCAUGAUCGUCAGCUCACCUCAUCUCGCACGAAGCUAUCAUCAUUUGUUCCCUGUUAAGCCAUACCAAGCAGUGACAGACACCGAGCUCAAUAGCACAACUGCCUCACGAGCUUGUCACGGCUGCGCUUCCCCAUUUCCCCCAGUCUCUUCUGGCACUAGCACUAGUACCAACCCUGUUACUGGUUCUGCUGCCGGGACUGGCGCCGCUGAGGGUGCGUCCGCUGCCGGUACCAGUACCGUGACCUCGGACGGAAUGAGCCCACUCGGACGGUACCGAUGUCCAGAUUGUAAAAACGACUUCUGCACGGAAUGCGACGUUUUCGUGCAUGAUGUCGUACAUUGUUGUCCCGGUUGCGGAAAAUAGACUCAAAAGACAAAGACACAGACAAAUUGAGUUGUCAUCUAUCUAGAAUAGUAAUAUGAUUCGGUCCUGUAAUUCUGGCUAUUUCUAACUCAAUCGAGAUGCGCCGGAAAAAUGAGGACGUCUUCUUCGUGGCGACAAAAGAAUAGGUCUAAUAACACAGAACAACCCGGCCUUUUGUUCGCCGACUUAUCAUGAGGUGCCAGCGCUCUGGUGAUAUCUUUUCUUGGGUCUACAUUAUGAUUCGUCUCGCAAACUUUGAAGGGCCGGUCUAGCUCACGUAUAAUAGUGAUGUGCCUCGGCCUGAGGGGAGAUCCUGCAGAGAUGGGUGAAACGAAGCUUAUCGGGCGCUGAAGGGAUGGUAUCUCAAUACACUCAUUUAACCUUGAUUCUGUCCUUCGUGGCGUGUGCUCUUGCCGAGCAAGUUGCCGUUUGC